AUGUACAAGAGAAGUUCGCUGGCGAUGAUGGUCGUCUCGACUUGGGUCUCGGCUUUUGUUUUCCUGCUGCCGACGUUGCUGGAAAAAUGGGGGAAAUUCGGGCUCGACUUGGAAAUCGGAAGCUGUUCUAUUCUUCCAGUGAAUGGACAAAGUCCGAAGGUAAUUUCCGCUCGCUUACGAGCCACAUAUCCACUUUUCCCGGGAUGCACGUCGAUGCAGUUUGUGCCGUCAUUCCGCGGAUCCUCGCAUAAGCCAGAGCGAUUCUUUACUGGUCCUCACACUCCAUAUUGCUCCAAUGCCUUCAAUCGUGAAAGAUCAUCAUUCCGAAUCAAGGCAUGCGUGGAAGAGGAAAUUAGAUGUGAUAUGAGGCCGAAAAUUGCCCGAAUAAAUGCGGGAGAUUCGUCCACCAACGAGUACACACACCCAAAAGAAUUUUUGUUCGUGGUCGCAUUCGCACUGCCGUGCAUCGUCAUUAUAGUAUGCUACGCCAGAAUAUUCCUCAUAGCGAGGAAAGCGGAGAAGAAAGUGAACAGAGGCGCCAAACGAGGGCCGAGGGUGUCAGCAGCCAUUCCAUCGUCGUCAACCACGACGACUACGGGACCAUCAACGUCGUCAACGUCCACGACAUCAACGACACCAGCGACGAGGAAAUCCCGGAUACCGAAGCUGGGCUUGAUCGUGCGGGACAAGUUGUCCAAGGUUGCAGCGAGCCCAGCGAGGAAUGGAUUCAGCGGAACAGACGUAGAAACGGACGCAGCGACGCAAAAUUACGUUUUGAAAAUCGAAGACAAAACCGGGGUCACGUUCGUACAGGGGCCCGUCCGAGUCGAGGUCAGCGCCAUGCUCGAGCCAGAGGACUCGAAACCAGAUGACAGCAACGGGGAGCCCUCGCCGAAAUUGCCACAGCACCAGGGCUCGGCGGUCCCUGCUGGGAUCUUGCUGUCGUCGGAAGACGACAAGCCGGAACAGGACAAGAUUGCCACGUUUGCAGUAGACGUCAUCGAGAUGAACAGCGGGGUCUCGGCGUCUCCUGCACAUCCGGCGUUUUCAGCGCCGGUCCUGGACGAGGUGACUAGUUUCCAGGAGAUGCCUGUUGAGGAUCCGGACAGUGUUACCAACCCGCGACUCGUGUCCUGUCUCGGCGUCAAGCGAAACACAGCCACCGGCAUGUCAGUCAACUUCACCUUGUCGUCCAUCCGCCGCACGGCGUCCAAGUACAAGCGCGGCUCCUUCCGCACCGGGCUUUCCGCCAAAGACGUUCGUCUCCUCAAGAUGAUCCUCACUAUCUUCGUGGCUUUCGUGGCGUGUUACCUGCCAAUCACGACUGUGAAGGCACUCGGCAAGGAAGCCGAGUGGCCGAUCGCGUCCGUGAUCUCCAACCUACUCAUCUACCUGACCACGUGCAUCAAUCCGCUCAUCUAUGUAGCCAUGAGCUCGGAGUACCGAUUGGCUUACAAGAAUUUGCUCACUUGCAGGUCCGACCGCGAGUGCAGCACGCGCAGCUCGUCGAAAAACACUUGAAGCGACAUUCCGAGGAGAUUAUUUUCGAACGAAUGGGGGUCGCUGUUUUUCGGUUGUUUCCUGAUUUCCUAGAGAGAAACAUGGACCCGGCAGGAAUGCGUUCAUGGAGUUUAUCCGACAACAGCGAUCGGAACACCAGGUAUCUUCAAACGCAUUUGCCGAUGUGAUGCGGCGCGACACGAGCGAAUGAGCGCGUGCGUGCGAAAAGUCGUUCCGUUUUGUUUGUCUUUUGCCUUCAACGUGUUGAUUUUGUUUAUUUAUUUUUGGCAUCACGGCCUGAGCUCGAUGGGGCUAUAGGUGUGAAACGCACACACGUCCGGACUCAUUCGCCGAAACUAUUCAUUGUCGCAGAAAGGAAUUUUUCGGGUUACGUCCCACAGACGUUCCUCUUGGAACACCUGCCAGACUCAUUCGGACCGAAUCUUUUUUGUGCGCAGAUUUGCUAUUCAUUCGGAAUAUUUUUCGAGGUAUCCGAAGGAGAAAACGCGCGUCAGCAUUCCUCUCAAGGAACUUCUUCAAUUUGCGCUGCCAAUUUAAUGGUGAUCGAAUUUUUUGUCAAUGAGUUUUACACAUUUUACGGCACAACGACCAUUCAUGCCUUUUCGGAAAUAUUGAGUCGUUACUCGGGCAUCGGAGCAUGAUAUGGAAUGAAAGAGCAUUGCGUUAAUAAUGUUUUGCGAUGGUUUUUGUUUCGAACACCCAAAGGUCGAGUACUUGAUUGAGGAUUCAUGGUUGCUAUUGUUCGGAUUCUUCGUCCUCUCUCGCUUUUUAUUAUGAAACAUUUUCUAUGUGACUGUUACUGUACCUUUGAUCCGCACAUUUUCAUAAUGUCACUCGAGUAGGUAUAUAUCUUCAUACGUUUCCUCAUCUUGUCAAUCAAUUUGGCAAGGUUCACACAUGGGCCCGUUCCAUGGUCUGUUCUCUAUUUUCAACUCUUCGCGUUUCUUUUUCUUCCGGUAGAAAAAAGUUAUCCGAAUCCGAGCGAUGAAUGGGUGAUUGCAAUGGCCGGAAUUGAUGUGAAUCUGUCCCAUGCGCUUUGAUAUGGACAUACAAGAACUACAAUAAUUUCCAAAAA